UCUUGAUGUUCCGGUCUCCCGGUUCCCGGUUCCCCGUCGCCGACCACCGAGCAGCGGCGGCCGCCCCGGAGGAGCCGCCGACCCCCCGGGCCGGAAGAAUAAUGGACGAGACCCGUCAGUAGAACCCGACCAAGACCUGGACGACUCCUCCAACUGAUGGAGGGAAGAGACGACGCCCAGCCGGACGAGCUGGGAGGAGGAGGAGGAGGAGGAGCGAACCCGCUCGCUGCUGCUUCCCGCGACAGCAAAGGGGCGGAGCCUCUUGCGAGCCCCGCCUCCGACUCUCCGGGAGGCGCCGCGCUCAAAGUGGCCGCCGCCGUGCUGCACCCGGUGUGCCUGGGCGACGGCCCGCUGAUGCUGCCCAUCCACCUCCAGGUGGGCGGAGCCACCGGCGCCCAGCUGGGCCAGAUGGGGGCGGCGCCGUACCUGAUAGCGAGCCAGACCCCGGUGUCCCUCCCGCUGGUCCUGGCCGCCGGCGGCCCCCGGCUCCAGGCCGACGUCCUGUGUCAGAACCCGUUCGCCUCGCCGCCGCCGCUCGACCACAAGACGGCGGGCCAGACGCAGGACGCCAACCUGCUCUCGCUGCUGCAGAACCCGGCGUUCGCCGCCAUCCUGCAGGACCUCUUCCCGCCCCAGGCCGGCGCCGCCUCCGCCUGCCAGUCGCCGGGCUCCGCCUUCUUCCCGCUCCCUCCCCUCGCGCCCUCCUACGCCUCCCCUCUGGCGCCCCUGGUGCCCCCCGCCACGCUCCUCGUCCCGUACCCGGUCAUCAUCCCGCUGCCGGUGCCGCUGCCGCUGCCGCUGCCGGUCCCGGUCCCCGCCCCCCCGGCCGAGGACUCCAAGGGGAACAUGCCGAAACCCGUUUGCACCGCGAGUAAAAGCACGCAGACGUCUCCUCGGGACGCCGCCUCCCCCCCGGCCGCGCGGCGCCUCGGGCCUUCGCUCGCGCCGCGCCACGCGCCGCCGCCGCCGUCCUCGCUGCCCGGCGACGACGGCCAGGCGCUGGACCUCUCGGUGCGGGCGUGCCCGGUGGUCCUGAAGCAGGAGGACCCGGGCCCGCAGCAGGACGACGUGCUGGACCUGUCGGUGCCGGUGAGGAGGAAGUGCGUCCAGUCCGACGGGGGCGUGUCUUUUCGCGGCGGUCCGGGCGGCGCCGCCUCUCUGUCUCUGGGCGUGGACUCCAAGCUCCUGGGCGGUCUGGCGUCGCUGGACUUCAGCCGGCAGCACCGGUGGGCGGUGGGCGGCGCCGCGGGCGGGUCCGGCGCCCUCGGCCAGCAGAGCGCCGCCGGAAACCCGGAGGCGGCCAAGGUCAUCGUCUCGGUGAAGGACGCCAUCCCCGCCGUCCUCUGCGGGAAGAUCAAAGGCCUCUCGGGCGUCUCCACCAAGAACUUUUCCAUCAAGCGGGACGGCGGCCAGGCGGCGGCGGCGGCGGCGUCCCUGCAGCAGCUGUACGGCGUGCCGGUGGCGGCGCACGACCCCGACGACCCGCAGAAGAAGCUGCCCAAGAACAGGACCAUCAAACUGAAGAAGGUCGGCUCAGAGAUCCACUUCCUCCCCAUCAAGAAGCAGAGACUGGCGGCGCUGCUCCCCAGGAAGUGAGAGCGGGGAGGGGGCGGGGCUUAGGGCCGAGAGGGGGCGGGGCUUCGGACCUUCUGUCAUUCACUGAGGUCAUGAAUGUCUCAGAGAUGCUUUCUGACUUCCUGUUUGUUUGUGACGCACUGAUCCACACUGGGAACCAAGGGUUGUUGUUGUUGUUGUUGUUGUUGUUGUCUGCUAGCUUAAAGGGACAGUACCCAUGUUUCUAUGAGCUUCUUCUCCUCCAGAGACUAUAUUUAUAACGUCUCCUCUGACUCCUGAACUAAACCUUUAAGACAAACAGACUCCGCCCCCUGCAGAAGAGCCUCCCCCUCACCCGCCGGUCCCUCUCCUGGUCCUCGUGGCUUUGAAGACGUCUUUUAUAAACCAGGUGUUUUGGGAUCAUGUUUUAGUUUAAAACCUCACCUGAAGCUUCAUGUGGUCACUGCUCAGCAGGUUUCCUCUCUUCUGAUUGGUCUGAGCUCCCUGAAGAAACAUGCGAGCGAAGAGGUCAGCGAGCAUGAAGCUCCAGAACCUCGAACGGACUCAUGCAGGUUCUCAUGAGGACCAGAAGGUCCUGCUGGUCUUCUUCAGGUCCUUUAGAUCAACUGGUCGGUCUCUUCUUGAAGUUCAUUUAUUUAAAACAUCUUCUGUUCCUCCAUGAUGACCAGAGUCACUCAACCAGAGGAGACCAGUGAAGGUCUGGAGGACCAGAUGAGGACCAGAGGAGGACCAGAGGAGACCUGUGAAGGUCUGGAGGACCAGAGGAGGACCAGAGGAGGACCAGAUGAGGACCAGAGGAGGACCAGAGGAGACCUGUGAAGGUCUGGAGGACCAGAGGAGGACCAGAGGAGACCUGUGAAGGUCUGGAGGACCAGAGGAGGACCAGAGGAGGACCAGAGGAGACCUGUGAAGGUCUGGAGGACCAGAGGAGGACCAGAUGAGGACCAGAGGAGACCUGUGAAGGUCUGGAGGACCAGAGGAGGACCAGAGGAGGACCAGAGGAGACCUGUGAAGGUCUGGAGGACCAGAGGAGGACCAGAUGAGGACCAGAUGAGGACCAGAGGAGGACCAGAGGAGACCUGUGAAGGUCUGGAGGACCAGAGGAGGACCAGAGGAGACCUGUGAAGGUCUGGAGGACCAGAGGAGGACCAGAUGAGGACCAGAGGAGACCUGUGAAGGUCUGGAGGACCAGAUGAGGACCAGAGGAGACCUGUGAAGGUCUGGAGGACCAGAGGAGGGACAGACCUUCUUUAUUUAUACUCAUGCACCUCCUCCUCUUCCGCCUGUGUUGUUGAACGUGGGUCGAACAGGUUCCUCUAACGUAUUCACGUGUUAUUUAUCUGAAGCUCCAGAGGUCAGAGGUCAGGUGUGUGUACAGUUUGUGUUUCAAGUGAACUUAAACAUCUCCGUGUCUCUGUUGUAUUUAUCUCUCUAAACGUGUUUGUGUUGAUGGCAGUGGUUUCACAUCAGAGAAACAUUUUAUGAAUUUACUCGUUGAAAAAGUUCUGAUAAAAAAAUUGUCAGCAUUAAAAAACUGAAAUAAAUAUGUUUUACUCUGCUAAUAAUUGCACAAAAGAAGAAGAAGCA